AUACAUUUUGAUUAACAAGAUAACAUUUACAUCGACGUAAAUUUAGAAAUCAAGUAUAAUCAUAUAUUUUAAGCUAUCUCAUACACUUGUAAAAACGGAAUAAAGGAUGUUAUCUGAGAAAUUUAAAUCACUGAUUGUUUCUAGUAUCAAUGUGGGUGAUUUUUCCUCUAUAAAUAGUGACGACUGACCCAAUCUUCAUCCUAGCAACGGUUGCUAAGGCGCUACCUACGUCAUCCCUUCGAUUAUUACAUUUAGUACUAUACUAUGCCAGAUAUCCUUCAGGGUGUGAUGUUAAAAUAUUAUCAUAAUAUUUCUAAGAAUGUAUAGCAAUUCAAACAAUAUUAUUCUAUCCAUGUUUCUCAAGUGCAAUUUUAAUAGGAAUAAUAUUGAUUCUUUAUAUUUAAUUUAAAAUAAAUUUGUGACAAAAAUGAUGACUCCUGGCUUAUGGCCAUGUAAAAAUCUUGGAAUAUAAAAUUAUUUAUUUUCAACUUGCGAUACUAAAUAAACGCGGUAAACGUAGUUUAAUAAUUAUGCCAAAUUUAAAAAUAACUUAUAAAUUAAGCACAUGACGUAAAUCAUUUAAAAAUAUUUUAUAGAUUGUUAUCUUCCAUCAAAGUUUUGUUUCAAGGAAUGAUCAUAUAUCUGCUUGACAUCUCAAUAAUAUUAAUGGGUAUAUUUCAUGGUACGUCAUGUAUAAAUUGUUUUAAGUGUUCUUCAUUAAAUGGAAGUAAUACAGAUUGUGAAGAUCCUUUCAACCCUGCAAUGUCAUCAUAUAUAGAAAAAUGUAUGGUUCCUAAAAGAGGCCAUGUUGGUAUGUUUCCGGCAAAUUUCUGCACUAAAAUAGUCGGCACAAAUGUUAUUACGCGUGAAGUUAUGGUAAUCAGACAAUGUGCUAUGAAGACUAUGGAUUCUCAGUGCGGAGAGUUUAAAUACCAAGAUAAUACGAUGGAUGGAUGUAUACUUACAUGCGAUUUUGAUGGAUGUAAUUCAGGCUAUAAGAACACAUCAAACACUAUUCUUCAACUGAUAUUUCCCGUGUUAAUUUUAAUUAUGAUGACAAUUUAUUUCAAUGGAUCAUCACAACCAUGACAAAGUAUAUAUUUUGUCAUGAUUACAAUUUAAAAAAAGAUUAGCUAAAAGCUAGGAUAAUAACCGAUAUGUUAUUACAUAAGGUUGUAAUUAAUAAUAUAACAAUAAACAACUCCAUGAAAAUUAAAUUUUUUAGAAUGUCUUUAAUCUUAAUUAAGGACUUUAUCUAACUAAUCAAUUAUAUUGUAAUCAUUGAUGAUCCGAAAUUAAGCAGUUUUUUGGAGGGGAAAAUAUAAUCAGACAUUUGAUCGAUAUUUUAAUUUAAAAUUUAGAUUUUGGCACAUCAUAUAAUUGCUUAUGUGUAUAAUUAUAAUGAAUCUUGAAAAAUCCUUCAAUUUCAAUAUUUAGUAAAAAUGUUCCUAAAUAUUAACUUUAUGAUCUUAACAUUUUGAAGGAUUCUCUUCAAGAAUCAUUUUCUGAAAAAAGUCGAUUAAUUAAGAAUGUUUUUACAGCAAUUGAAAAAUUAAUUUUUAACUUACAUCUUCAAUAGAAUAUAUUAAUUUUUGAGAUGUUUCAUUAGAAAAAAUUGUUAUACAUUUUUCAAAGUAUAUUAAUUAUUUAAAUAGUUAUAAAAAGUAAAUUAAUAUAUAUUUUAGAAUAUGCUAAUGGUGUAUAUAGUUCAUAAAUCGCCUAAUUUUCUCUUGGUUGUAUUACAAUAGGUUACAUUUCUUAAGUACUUAUGUAAACAAAUAUUUAAGUGAAUGAAUACUUUUAUAAUCUAUUUGUAAAUUGCUUUCUUUAAUUAAACAACAAAAAGGAUACGACAUUUUAUGAAAACUUUAUUUAGAAGUUAUACUCGUUAUUUUUAGUUGGUAGAUUAUUGAAAAUAAUUUGUAAUAAUUACGUUAUGUUAUCUAAUUAAUUCUAAGAUAUAUUCAAAUUGUUAACAAAAUAUGUUAUGUUAAUGAUUUAAACCAAUGCUGUGAUUUUUUUUAUCUAAAAUUUUAAUUGUAUACAAUUUAUAAUUUAGAAUUACAACUUGUUAUAUCUUUCGCAUUAGUAAGUUGUAGUCCUCAUUUAUAAUAUUUUGUCAUAAAACAAAUUGUAGUUUUAUUACACUUCUUUUUAGAAUCUUAUUAAAAUGUAUUAUUAUUAUUAUAAAUUUUAUUCAGAACUGAAAUACUCUUUCAACGUGUUGUACUAAAAUUAUAAUACAAUUAUUUUAUUUUUAUUUUA